AUGAAAACCGGUACUGAUGAGAAGGCGCAAUCGGUCGGAUUUGAUGACCUUGACCGACAAAUUGAUCUUGACAAAGAUGGCCUCAUUUCAAAAGAGGAUGUUAAAAUUUUUCUUAGGCAAUUUGACUUAAAACUAACUAAAAAUAAUUUGGACGUCUUAGCUGAGAGUUUUCUGGAAUGCUGUGGAGUUGGACCCAAUGGUCAUGUCAAUGCUAAACAAUUUGCUCAUUAUGUCCACGAGCAGGACCGGCGUCUCUCGCCGAUCUACGCCCAAAUGGAUCGAAACAUGCAAGGCAAGGUUGAUCUUUUGGAUAUACAGGCCUACUUCAUAAAACUUGGCAUUCCAAUCGAACCGACUGAAGCCAAGCGUCUUUUACGUCGCAUCGAUAAAAACAACAACGAUUGCAUCGAGUAUGAAGAGUGGCGUAAAUUUCUCCUCUUUCUCCCAAUUACUGACCUUGCGAGUGUCACUCAAUUCUGGCGUCAUGGUGCGAUUCUUGACUUAUCAGUGGAUCCAGUAGUUGCGAUUCCACAGUUUAUGAAACAUGAACAUGCCUUAAGACGCGACGUCUUGCAGCUGAUUGCUGGUGGUACAGCCGGUGUUGUGUCCCGCACUUGCACUGCUCCGAUAGAUCGUUUAAAAGUCAUGCGUCAGGUGUACGGCUACAAGCAUAAGCAAAGUGGGUUUGUUGAAGGUAAAGUGGUACAUCGACUAACGCACCAUUCAGCUUACCGAUAUAUGCUGCGGGAGGGUGGUUUGUGGUCCCUUUGGCGCGGGAACCUCAUAAAUUCCAUCAAAAUCGCCCCUGAAACCGCGGUUAAAUACACUACGUAUGAAUGGUACAAAUGUCUCCUCAUGGACAUGGAUGAGGAUGGUUUUUUUGAUCGGCAUCCUGUCGCUACAAAAUUUGCCUCUGGCUCCUUAGCUGGUCUUACCGCUCAAAGUGUCGUCUAUCCUGUGGAGGUCCUCAAGACUCGGAUGUGUCUUCGAAAAACGGGACAAUACUCCUCUGUGGUAGACUGCGCUGCCCGUAUCUACAGAGAGUUGGGUAUCCGUGGCUUCUUCCGUGGCUAUGUGGUCAAUUUGGUUGGAAUCAUUCCCUACGCCGGCAUCGAACUGGCUACUUAUGAGUGGCUGAAAUCGGCUUACAUUCAUCGCUACAUGAGCCAUAUUUUACGACUAUCACCCCGCGUCUUUCCCGAUUCCAGCAGUGCCAGUCUCUACCUUCAUCCCCCUUCCCAUAUAAUUCCUUUGGUUGCGGCCACCUCCUCGAUGGCAGGCAUUGUGGCGACGUAUCCUGUGGCUCUGAUCCGAGCCAAAAUGCAGGCAACUUUCUACUACAGCUCCAAGCCGUCCACUUCUCAGCACACAGGCAUAGUCACCCAGCAUCCUGUCACUGUGCCCUCCCUGUUGCGAGCAAUCUGGCAUGACGAUGGCUUAAUCGGCUUCUACCGGGGACUGGGAACCAAUCUUGUCAAGGUGUUGCCUGCCACGGCUAUCUCUAUGCUCACCUACGAGACUAUUCGUCGGGAGAUAAAAUGGACCAAAGACACCCAUGAAGAAGCUGAUUUAGGGAAAGAAAAUAUUUUGCGCAAGUCUUCUCGCUUCCUGGUCUUGGAGAAGAGGCCAUGUAGCGUGAGUUCUCCUCACGACGUUCUUGUGGAACUAGCUAUCGUUGCGAACAAGGAUGCUGUUCCCCCUAACUUCACCUUAAUUGAUAGAACGCUGGACACACGUGAAAGGUGCUUCAAGGGGAAGUAUUUGUGUGCUAAAUAUGAUGCGUGGAAGCCAAGCAUGACCGCUAUAACGGACGUUGUUGUUUUUAAAAAUCCAAGGGAUGCACUUAAGGGGCAUACUCUGGUCGGUGAGUUAUCGGAACAGCGCGUCUUGGCAUGUGUCCUGUCCGCCCUUGGAAACAGCCCCACUUCUAAAAAGAAGGCACCAGUGCUUCCAUCUGAGGUGCCACGGAAACCAGUUAUAUACAAUCCAAUGAGUGGUGUUCCCUUUGAACUCACAAGAGACUGUCGAGUUGGCGAUUCAGAUGACAUUAUGAGUCGUUAUUCAGUCCACCCAAAGUCGCGCGAGGCUAUAGAAGAUCAGGACUCUGAAGGCCUCCUGAAGAAGAUUGCCGUUGAUGUGGACUACAAUAUCCGCUCACGCAUCCUUAACUUACUUUCUAUUGAUACUUAUUUUGUCUUGAAAAUUAUGAGCUUGGCUGCACCCGUUUCGAAUUUUAUAGACCAACUACGCCCCCUCUUACGAAGGAAUGACAAAGCAGUUAUCAGGAAACUGACGCGAAAAUUCUUUGCUACCUCCUUGGAAUUCCAAAGCAGUGUUCACACUGUAGAGUUAUUAAAACGCUACAUUGACCGCAUCCGUGCCUCUCCUUUCCAGAUCUACAUAAUUCUUCUAGAAUUGAAACGGAAAUUUGCAAACAAUGAGUCUUUCACAAACGAAAAAUCCCCACCGCUUUCGGAUACUAUUGAUCUCUCAGUAAGUUCGCAAGAUAUCCCGAAACGAAGAGUGAAUUUCAUCACUUUGACUGAGCCAAACCCAUCGGAUCCGAUCCGUCACCGGUGCUCAGAGAAGACUAGACCUUCAGAAAUUAUCACGCAUGGAAAGCCAAAACGCCCACGUAUUGACGAAUUGGGGACUCCUCUUGAUGAGUCAGCGGAGGCCUCCACCAUUCCAAAACCGAAGUUGGUUAAUUCGAACGGAAAGAGGGGGCCACUAACACAGCGGGAAAUGGAAUCUCCCUCGCCAUCGUCUCAUCUCAAAUUGCAAAUUUUACAACGUCGGAUGGAGAUCCUCUCGCGGAUGAUUCGUCAGCUGGAGGAGGCGGAGAUGGAUGUAACCGAGCUGGGUCAGGAGGAGUCGGCCUACCUGCGAUUGGAUUCCCUCAAGCGGGAGCAUCUUGCGCUGUGGCGGCAGUUCUGCCGCCUUCGUGGCAUCUCUCGCCACGCUGGAAGUCUUUCUCGUCUCCCCUUUCGAUAUUCCGGAUCUCGUUUCGCGGUGAUUAAUCAAGCGGUGGAGCGUCAAGUAAACGCCUCCCACGUCUUUCCUGACUAUGCGGACAUCCACAAAGUGGUGGAAGAAAGCUCCAUUCGCGAGAAUCUCGGCUUGAGGCAAGUGCCGUACACUACUUGGACUACUAGAGAAGACUUCAUUCUCUGUGAGGUUUGCCUGGAUGGUGUAAACGUUUCAAAGACGAUGCUACUUGCGACUGUUAGUGACGAUCUCAAUCGUGCCGAUCUUGCCGACGUAGAGUCUGUCCUUGUGAGCAUAAUCAUUCACGAACAUGUGCAACUUCGAGAGUUGAACGUGCACCGUGCCAGUACGAUUGCAACACUGGCUCGGGAAAUCUUCACCGAUGUGGGUGCCAUCUUGAAACACCGUCGUGAGCGCGAGUUUCGACAUGACUUUGGUUGCCAUCUCACUGACGAACAGGCCGAUGCUGAUGAGGACCCUGCGUUGCACAGCGCAGAAUUGCGACGUCGUCUGCUGGAAAAUAGACGAAUUGCCACGUCAAAAAUUGAAUCCGUAAUCGCCAAGUAUUCACGACUGCAAGAAAGUCAAGAAAAUCGCGAAGCCUCACGCCUAUGUGAGAACAAAGACUCUCAUGCAGCAACGGUUGAUCUAGACGCUGUUGAGUUCGUCGACGUGGUAGAGGAGCCGGCAAGACUUCCCUCUUCUGAACCCUGCUCAAGCUUCUCUCAAUCGGAGGAGAUCCCAAUGCCUAUAAGUUCCCCAGAUGCAAUCAUUGAAUCCCCAGUGUUUAUGGAUGACCUAGAUCUAGAUGUCGAGGAGCAUCUUCCGCAGACUCAGGUGGAAAUGGAGGUGGAGGUGCCUCCAGUUGAAUGUCCUAGCACGCCUACAUCAACGAUUACAAUCAGUGAUGACGAAGACGAAGAUGAACCACAGGUCGUAUUUCGUGGGUAUCCACCACCACCAAAAGACUUUCCUGCCAUGCAAACACUGAUGUCAGGAGACCGAAUGUCUCUGCAACUGUCUUACGGUGGUUGUCUGGUGAUAUCCAGAUCACAGCGACACGUUCUUCAACCAAUUCCGACCAUGGAGAUGAUUCGACAACAAUGUCAGCAGCAGUGUCAGCGUCUGUUGUCACGGCCACCACGAUCGGCUAUGGGAAGCUUUAUCAGGCGUUGA